UUCCCCCACUCAGCAUAUACUGAGUCCUUUUCCUGACCUGGCUUCUGAUUGGAGACUGGUUGCUUUGGAUAGUGACCUCCAGGACCCCUGUAAAGGGGUUAUUGCCUGUUUGGGUUAUGUUUACCACAACUUAAGACGUCUGCAGUGGUGUGUGAGAAAGAGGAAAAGAGUUGUGUUUCCUCAGUUCCAGGUACCCAAAGCGGAAGGCCAAUAGCAUUCCAUCUAUCUGAGUGAAAGCAGAGCUGGCAUCGGCCCAUGUGUCCUUUUUGGAAAGACUGCUCACCAUGAUGAGGGAUCUUCUUCAGUAUGUUGCCUGCUUCUUUGCCUUUUUCUCCACUGGGUUUCUGAUUGUGGCCACCUGGACAGAUUGUUGGAUGGUGAAUGCUGAUGAUUCCCUGGAGGUGAGCACAAAAUGCCGAGGCCUUUGGUGGGAGUGUGUCACCAAUGCUUUCGAUGGGAUUCGAACCUGCGAUGAGUAUGACUCCAUAUACGCGGAACACCCCUUGAAGCUUGUGGUAACUCGAGCAUUGAUGAUUACUGCAGAUAUUCUGGCUGGAUUUGGAUUUAUCACCUUGCUCCUUGGACUGGAUUGUGUGAAAUUCCUCCCUGAUGAGCCAUACACUAAAGUCCGUAUCUGCUUUGUUGCUGGGACCACAUUAUUAAUAGCAGGUGCCCCAGGAAUCAUUGGCUCUGUGUGGUAUGCUGUUGAUGUAUAUGUGGAACGCUCUUCUCUGAUUCUGCACAAUAUAUUCCUUGGCAUACAAUAUAAAUUUGGUUGGUCUUGUUGGCUUGGAAUGGCUGGGUCACUGGGUUGCUUUGUGGCUGGAACUUUCCUUACUUGCUGCUUCUACCUCUUUAAAGAUGUUGGUCCUGAGAGAAACUAUCCUUACUCCAUGAGAGCACCCUAUUCUACUACAGCUAUGUCUAAGGCCAAGUCCUACAUAGCUCCACGGACAGAGACAGCCAAAAUGUAUGCUGUAGAUACUAGGGUGUAAAAUGCAGCAUAUUUACCAGUGUUUGUGUGUUAUUUAACCUGUCAGCACAUUCAAGUUAAUAAACCAAUGUUUCACACCUAAGACAGUCAUUUACAUUUUAUAUUCAGGUGAAUUAAUUGCUAGCUUAAUACAAAUAAUUGAUUUGUGAACACUUACCCUUUCUAUUAUUCAC